ACACCUUUCUCAGCGUCACGACCACCCACUCCACAGCCACGGCUCAAACACUGUGAGGCAGGGGAGGGAACGGAACAGUAUCCAGAGAGAGUUUUUGUUUAGAUUUCGAAUACUUGGCCAUCGUAACAGUAAGAAUGGCUAAGACCCUCCCUUCCUACGACCACAUAGCAGAAGAAGAUGAGGAAGAAGAAGACUACAUCGACAUGGAUGUCAGCUGUGCAACAGAAAUGGGUAAUAGCACUACCAACAGCUUCCUCUGCUACGCCGUCGUCUCCGCUCCACAUUCCAAGGAGUUCGAGUUCCAAAUGAGUGUCCAGCCGGCGGAGUCGGAAGCCACUGCGUACCCUGCUGAUGAGCUCUUCUACAAGGGGAAGCUCCUCCCUCUGCAUCUCCCUCCUCGGCUUCAAAUGGUCGAGAAGCUCGAGAAGUCAAAGGAGAUGAAUGCCUCCGAGGACGAGGCGGCCAUAGCACCAGCUACCCCUACGGAUCGCACUCCAUUUGGGUCGUGCAACAUCUCUCCUGCCAGUUCUUGCUAUGUCAGCGGCGAGCUGGAUGCGGAAGACUACUACAGAUGCUCGGCAGAGCUGGUAAGGUCAAAUCGAAAGAGUUCUUGGUCCAAGAAGCUCAGGUUGAUCAAGCACUUAUCCCAGAGUCUCAAGCUGAAGGCUUCAAAGGCUUAUCUCAAGUCUCUGUUCAACAAACCGCGGCGUCCCGACGAGUCAUGCGCGGCCGCUCAGCAAACCAAAGAGUGUACCGACGGCAGCGCAGCGGAAGCCAGAAAGAAACUAGUGGAGCAAGCUCAGAUCGGGACUCAUCUUUUCGACGACACCAAUGCCCUAGGACUCAUGAGGAGCAUUAACAGGGAAAAGCAUAUAGAAGAGGACGACGUGUGCUACAGGAAGUCGUUCUCAGGCGCCAUGAGCUGGAGUCACACGGCGACGGACUCAUCGGUGUCGUUGACGUCCGCUUCUUCUUCGUCAUCGUCGUCCUUCACGGGUACGACGAGGUCCGGUGGAUCCAGCCAGCCCCUGCUGUUGCUUAACAGGAGCAGCAGCCUGAAUGCAGAGGUGGAGAGCUCAAUUCAAGGGGCGAUUUCCCAUUGCAAGAAGUCUCAGCAGAUGAUCUCUGGUAGAAAGAGUGCAAGUGAUGUCGGAUUUUGUUCCUUGUCUGCUCCUAUAAUUGCUGUCGCUCGUGAGAAUCAAGAGAAGCCGGGGCUUUGCAGGGGAUAACAACCAGAAGAAGGUAGCCUAAUGGAUGAUUAACGAAAGCUGUAGGGUAUCAGUUGUUCGACAAACUGCAUUUGCUUUCUCUCAACUAGAAGAAAUGCCUGUAGAACCCAUGCACAAUUGUAUAUGAUUCAGAGCUCUAUUUGAAUCAACGCAUGUCAUCUCAUUCUAUCUUCCAA